UUUGUAAUUUAAAAACUACAAGUAAUUGACAUGACUACAACUUCAGUUUUCAUUUCAGGUGGUUCAGGAUUUAUUGCACAACACAUAAUCUCUCAACUUCUUUCAAAGGGGUAUAAAGUCAUUGGGUCAGUGAGAUCCGUUGACAAAGGUGAAAAUUUAUUGAAUAUUUUUAACAAUAAUAACUUCUCCUAUGAAGUUGUUCCUAUUCUUGAAAUAGAGGGUUCAUUUGAUGAAUCAUUAAAGAAGCACCCUGAAGUGACUGUAUUUUUACAUACUGCUUCACCAGUUGCAUAUUACGCUGAAGAUAAUGAAAGAGAUAUCUUGAUUCCUGCUAUUGAGGGAACCAAAAAUGUGCUUAAAUCAAUUAAAGAGUUUGCUCCACAAAUUACUAAACUAGUAUAUACUAGUUCUGUUGUUGCUUGCGGUACUGCUGAAGAACUUGGUAAUCCAAACUUUAAAGUUUAUGUAUUUGGACCACAAUACUAUAUGCCAUCUAAUAAGAAAUUGAAUCUUUCAGCUACACUUAUUUCUGAUGUAUUAAAUUUAACUUUAGAAUCUCCAGUUCCUUCAAUUAAAGGUAGAUUUAUUGAUGUUAGAGAUGUUGCAAGGGCUCAUAUCGAGGCAUUUGAGACAGAAGAAGCUCAAGGAAGAAGGUUUGUUCUCUCUAAUACUCACUUUGAUGGACAGUUAGUUUUAGAUAUAAUUCAUAAGAAUUUUCCUGAAUUAAACAAUAAACUUCCUAAAGGACAUCCUGGUGAUUAUAGUGUUACCGUUGGAAGAGGGUCUAUAAAUGAUUCAAAUGCUAGAAGUAUUUUUAAUAUUGAGUAUAUUAAUUUCGAAAGAACCAUUAUUGAUUCUGUGAAACAAAUUAUCGAUAUUUAA